AUGCCUGUUCUGAUGUCUCGCACGCACAAACCCGACUCUACUUCGGCCGCCACUGCCAGUAGCAGCAGCAGCAGCGCUACAAGCCUGCGGCCACGAAGUAUCGCAUCCACACGCAGCACACGCUCUUCGCACAAGGAAGCUGAGCUUCGAGCACGCUGGGAGAUGGCCCAAGCGAUUCAAAAACCCUGGCCACUGCAUCUGCUCGAGAACGGCACCAAAACCAACCCUACCCCUCAACGAAGCGAAAAGAAACGUGCUUCCUUCUCCCCACCACCACCUGUGGCAGAGGAGACAAAGAAACGAUCCUCCAUCUCGGGCUCGUCAACAGCUUCGUUCGCAAACUGGAUCCGAAAGAAACCUUCUCCACGCGAAUCUUCGCCCGAAUCCGCAUCUACCUCCCCCUCAAGCUCUCCUAAACCCCUCUAA